ACAUUUGCAGUUAAAAAAGUUUAAUCUAAAUUCUAUUUUGAAUCGAACUGCAGUCUUAAGAACCCUAAUUCCCAAAUUCAUCUAAGCUCCAACCUACAUGUAUAACUCACACCCAUAAAUUCAAUUCCUUUUGUAUAUACAUAUACAUAUACAUAUACACAUACCAUAACUUAUAAACCCACUAUAGCGGCUGUGGUGGUGAAAUUUUGGGGAUUUUUGCUGACCUAAAAAUGCUCGAAAACCCUACUGAUUCAUCAUCCACCGUCAAACGCUAUGCUCCACCUAAUCAAAGGAAUCGGGCUCUUGGAAGGAAGAAAUCUGGAGGAGAUAGAUUGGAACGGGCAAGUAGUUACGGGAAUGACGGAGAAAAAAGUCAAGUUGCUGCUUUAAGAAAUGUUCCUAUAAUGGAUCACGCAGAUCCAUCGCGCUUAAUUGGCUUGCAAGGAUGCUGCAACAGUGAAGCGUAUCAACUUCUGACCAAUCGUUGGGCAGCUGCUAUUAAUGCAUAUGAAAAUCCCGCAACUGAUUUAGCUGAGCGGCCCGUUAUGUAUUCAGGAAGCACUGCAUCAGCAUGGGGGCAAUUCAGACUGCCUCACCAGAUGAUUUCCCCGGUAGCAGGAGGGCCUUCCGGGCCUCAAAUGGAUUUCAUAAGCGAACUCAGGCAAGCGAUGCAUAACUCAAAUGCCCAACUUUGACAAGUAAUUAUCAAGUUUGGAACGCAGUUAGAGCUUCUGUUUUGGCUCACUUAUCUUUUAGAACAUGUUUAUCACAAUUACUGUUGUAUGUGUUCUUAACUUGGAUUUGUGCUGUAUUUUAUGUGGCGGGAUUAUUUGGUGUUUCUGCUUCCUUUGUGCUUUAAUUUGACAAUUCUUUAUUUUAUACUA